CGUGACUGGUGACUGGUAUAGUAUGGUAUAGCCGCGGCCGCACGCCGACAUCACACAGUGAGUAGUCGGUGUUCAGCCUCGACGCCGCGCGCCACGACGGUUCAAAUCUGGCGCCUUGGCCUCAUACAGCGAAAACAAACUCAACAAUUAUCUCCCGUUGAUAAGACGAUAUCUGUUUGUGAUAACUUACCAUUGUGAUAACAGAUAAAAAACGGAGUGGUCGACGAUUAGUACAGUGUUCCGGAGUAUUAUGUAAAAUUGUUAUAAUUGAAGUGUAUAUUGUGUUAUAAUGACGGCGAUGGCGGGGCCUCGUAAGACGAUAUCCAUUCACGACUACCCUGAACACCUGAACCCGUUCCGGGAAGAGGACAAUCACGGCAAGAUCAGAUUCUGGACAAUUGGACGGAAACUGAGCAGAUCCAACAGUAUCACGUUCUCUGGACUUAAAGAGUUUAGGAACUCAUGGUCAUUGCGUUCGUUUAUGAGAAAAGGAAAGAAAAAUUCAGAGCAAACUUCACAAAAUUACAAGAACACUAAUCAAAGGAAUGGAGAGAAUAGUCCUGUGGUUUUCAGACGAGCUAUGCAAUAUGCAUCAAUGUCGCGCAGCACGGUGGGUUCCCCUGAACAGACAGACCGGUACGUGUACGGGGGCUCCGUCACACCACUACCAAGAUCACGCUUCCAGGAACGUCUACGCAGCUCCCAGCAAGAAGUCAGCUCAAUAAGUGCCACCCCCCGCAUGGCCCGCAGCGAUAUUACUGGGUCGAGGUUGAGUGUCGUUAGCACAAACCCAUUCGAUGAAGCUCCCGUCCCACCGGUGCGCGCUUCACGACGAAAGAAGAAACGAGCCCCAGCACCGCCUUCGACAUCCGCUGCUGAUGAAUCAGUCACUAGCGAUAAUAUGGAAUUGAGCACAUCUGAACCGGAGGAUAAAAGUAAAAUGAAUACAACGAUCGAUGAUGAAAUAAAUGAUGUGAAUUUGAAAGUCGAAUUAAAAAUCAUAGAAGAUGACGAUGACAAGACUAAAGAAGCGACUCCAGAAACCAAAGAACUUACAACAACAGAAGUGGAAACGACACAAACUAUUGCUUCGGAAAUCAAAGACACCAAAGAAGACAAUGAGAUAACUGAAAACCAUGAAAAUAAUAGAGAAAGUGAACCUUUAAAAAAUAAUACGGAGGAAGAAGUUGUCAGUCAGAUUUCAUUCCCUAAAGUUGAUAUAUCGAAAUACAGACGUAAUUCAAGUGUUAACGAGGACGAUGUAAGGUUACGACGAGGGAACCUGGAAGAUUUCCAACCACUGAUAAACAAGAGGUGUAAGAGUUUAACAAACAACCUUUCAGAUGAGAACUACGUCUCUUACGAUAUAAAUUUUAAUGGAAAUAAAACUUUCGACAUUAAUAGUAACGAGGAGCCUCAAAAAGUUGUGUGCAAAGUAUAUGAAGAAUCAAGAAAGAAGAGUUUAGACAACUCCUAUUCAAGCACCGAAAAGGAGUUUCUGGAAAUCGACAAGGCCACUCGCGAGUUGGAAAGGGAGAUAAGCAAACUUAAUUCCGCUCUGAUAGAAGAUGAUUUUAUUUGUGAUAAUACUCGGCUUUCCGUGUCCGAAAUUAGACAAAAGUUUGAUAGAGCCGAUAACAGUUCGCCGAACCCCAUACCAAAACCGAGGCGAAGUAACUGCGGUGAAUCUAGCUCAACGGUAAACGGUAAAUUGUAACGUGGCAUAAUGGUGAAAUUAAUAUUAUUUUUUAUAUAUAUAAAUUCGAAAUCUUAAAUUAUAUUAUUUAAUUAUCAAAAAAAUUAAUUAAUUAAAAACGUAAUUUAUUAGUGUUCAGAUCUCAGCUUUCCUAUAAUAAUUAAAGAAACAGAAAUAUCGUAAGACGUCCAAAAUAUUUUUUCGUAUAUGCCUAAGAUUUAUAUUUUUAUGUGGGCGUAGUUAAAAGUUAAGAAUUAAGUAUAAAUAAUAACGCAAAAUCAUAUUUACUAGAUGUUAUGCUUGUUAUUUCUUGCUUUUUGAUAAAAUAUCCUUCAAAUAUAAAUGUUUCUAUCAAAUUAUAGUGCCUUGUUAAUUAAUUAUAUGUUAAUAUAUUAUAAUUAGUUAAUUUAACAUUUACUCUUAAAAUGUAUAAGCCAUAACAAGAACAAAGAAGAAUGUAUAAGAAAUCUUUUUUAAUCUGUUAUUAUUUAAAUGUCAAGAAACUAAAGCUCUACAAUGUAGUCUGUGGUCGAAGUAAAUUAAAAUACAGCGUAUUCCUAAUACAUAUUUCACUUAAAAAUAUAUUGUUAAACAUACAUUUCAUUCAUAAUAAAUAUAAAAAAAAAAUUAUUUGUGUAGUCAUAAAUACAUAAUUAUAUUUAUAUUUCUAUAAUGAAGUCAUAUUAAUUUUUUACUACAUUUCAAUGUUGUUAUUAAAUGUAUUGCGUUAAAGGUAACAAAAUUUAUAUUUUGCAUGUUUAAUUAAGUAACAGCGGCUGUUAAUUUUUUUUAGAUAAUACAAAUUAUGUGCAAUGUACAAGUUUCCUAUUUAUUAAAUAAAGUUGGAAGAACUAAUUAUC